ACUGAAUCUUAAGCAUUGUAGUAAAUAUUCGUUUUGUUACUACUCGAGACCCGUUAGUCAAAAAUAUUUAUUUACUAUAUUCAAUUUUUGAAAUUCAUAAUGUCAUCUCUAACAUUAUUUUUCUUAGUGGGUUUGUCUGCAAUUUCAAUGAGUGGCUUUACUGCUGCUGCACCAAUGAAUCCAAAUAAUUGUCCAGAUAUAUGUCCAGCCAUUUUUAAACCUGUAUGUGCCUUUGAUGCCUGUACAAAAGUAUAUAAAACAUUUGGAAAUGAAUGUGAAUUAAAGCGAUCGAACUGUCAAAAUAAUUCAAAUUUUACCAUUGUUUAUUAUGGACAAUGUGUCUAGUUUUACACGUUUAUAAAACUAAAUAUUUUACGAAGAAUAAUAGUAACAAUUCAAAGAAAAUUCGAAAUUGUAUUUUUAUUAAGUUGUUUAUUUAUAUUUAUUUUAUUUUAUAAAUAUACAAUGUAUUUUAAAGUUUUGGAUGUAUUUUAAAAAUUGAAUAAACAAAACAUAAUAACUAAUA